UGAGCGGUAAAGCGAUUGGCUUCUGAACCGGGGACCGGGGUUCGAAUCCUGGUGAAGACUGGGAUUUUUAAUUUCGGGAUCUUCGGGCGCCUCUGAGUCCACCCAGCUCUAAUGGGUACCUGACAUUAGUUAGGGAAAAGUAAAGGCGGUUGGUCGUUGUGCUGGCCACAUGACACCCAUGUUAACCGUAGGCCACAGAAACAGAUGACCUUUACAUCAUCUGCCCUAUAGACUACAAGGUCUGACAGGGGAACUUUUUAUAUUUAUAAUAUAUAUACAUAUAUACUCUACUUAACAUCUGAAAUUUGUCAUUUAUGAUGUAGUAGCUCAAUGAUCUUCUGGAAGUAAACGGCUGUACAUGUCUCAACUCAUCAACUGCCUCUUUUGCUUCAAUCUCUAGUUCCUCACGUCUUGUUUCAUACUAACUCUCUCUAUUCUCUUGUUGAUACAGUCAUAGUAAAUAUGUAUAUAUACAGGGUUUCUAGCAACACUGUCAUUGGCCCUAAAACAAUACAAAUUGAUAUACCGGUAGUCUAAUUGUAACAAUUAAACAAUAUCCUCUACAAUUACAACAAUCCAAGAUCUUAAGAAAAAAUACAAUUAACUUACCCACUAAAAUUGGAUAGAUGACAAGGGUUUUAACAAUAACAACAUCUUAUAUUAGACCAAACAGUACAUCAGUCAAUAACAUAGCCUCCUCUUACAAGUUACAGGGCUACUUCCUUCUCUCUCUAUAUAUAUAUAUAAAUUACACACUGGUCAUUCUUUCAAAUCAAAACAUUUAUAAUGGAUUUAAUCACUUUACAAAAUUUGAAUGUGUUUAAUUACUCUCUUUUUAAGGAAAGUCAUUUAAGGAUAGUAGGAUAAGUUCCCCUUUCAGACCUUGAGAUCUCUAGGGCAGAUGAUGUAUAGGUCAUCUGUUUCUAGGGUCAACGAUUGACAAGGGUGUCAUGUGGCUAGAACAAUGACCAUCCACCUUUACUUUCCCAAACUAGUGUCAGGUACCCAUUCCUAUAAUUCAAAAUCCCAGUCUUUACUGAGAUUCAAACCAGAGACCUCUCACUUUGGAAGCAAAGUGCUUUACCACUCAGUCACCGCGCCACUUCAAUUAAGAAUACAUGCCUUGAUUUAACCAUAUGUUGACAUAACAUUCAGUAAACCUAUACUCAGUAUGCUUAGAUAUUAGAUUACUGUUUUCAAUCACUUCACCAUGGCACUGGUAAUGAGAAGAGUUUUUAUUAAAAAAAUGUAAUUCAAAGCUUAGAAAAAAUAAGUACAUGCAGUAUGAUCAACUUUUACAAAGAAAACAGUUACAGGUUGGCUAUAGGCCUGCAAGAACUUGACAGAUGUAUCUUACUCCCCUUUCAUCGCAAAUGUAAUGUUCCUUUAGACCGUUUAUUAGCUGAUUUGUCUUUCUUCAAGUGCUUUUCAUUGAACUAAUCUGAAUUUAUUUUCAAAAAUGACCACAACACCUAUGCAAGGCAUGCACUCAAUGUGGUAUGACCACUACAAAGGUGCAGUGUACCCUCUGGAUCUAGAAGGACCUCCUUACUGCAAGCAUAUUAGAACCACAGCACCAUCUCUUCUUGAAGCUUGUUGUGCAUACAUUGUUAAAGACGCUAGUCUCACCCGUACCGCAAUAGACAAUGUUCCUCCCAUUCUGUGCAUUCACAUGAUGGAAGCAGCAUUAAGAGGAAAUCAUGAAAGGUCCAUUCAAGCCUUAAUGUCACAGUGGAGGCUCAGGUCUCUGGUCCUUGCCAAAUUAGUGCCGAAUGUUUUCUCGUCCCUGUUGCCUCUCUAUGAACCUCUCUACCAGUCGGACCUUGUGAGACACGGAUUACGGUAUACUACUUCAUUAGCACAUACAUUCUUGGAGUGUUUAAGACAGGAAUCACCAACAAAGCUACGGCACCUAGAUCUUACUGGUUUCCCAACAGCUGAAGUUAUCCUGUAUUACUUAACAUCCCAUUGCAUGCUGGUCCACAAUGAAAACCGAAGAAAUAACAUGGUGAGCCUGUACAAUCAGGCCGUCUCAUUGGCAGCAGAGUGUGCUGGGGAAGGAGUUAACCAUCAUGCACCUCUAGAAAUUGAUAUGCGGAACUGUUUACCAAGUGAUAUUUUUAUUGAAAUCAAAUUGGACGCUUUUGUAACUUCUGAGCCUUGUCAUUCUGAGCUCUGCAAGGCUUUGACUGUGUCCAGCUUCCCUGGUGUGCGCUUUCGUCUAAUACUGGACAAACUAAGUGUCACCUGUCUGGGAGGGGACAGGGUCAAUUUGCUUUUAAAGCAGAUCACCCCAGAGCAACUAAGAGGAUUACAACUCAAAUAUAACUCUUUAAGAAAUACAGAUUUUGUCAGGCUGGCGCCAAUCUUACAAUCCCUAGUAAAUUUGACUGCAUUAGAUUUGUCUUGCAAUCACAUCUCCUUGUAUGAUAAUGAACAAAUGGCCAUGAUCAUGAGACAGGCCCUAUCCACGCUCACGCACUUAGAACGUCUAGACUUAAGCAACAACAGACUUAAGAACAACUUGACCAAUGUCCUGCGUGGUGUGAAUAACCCACUUAAGCACUUGCGCCUGGUGGCUUGCGGCCUGACUUUGCUGGACAUCAUCUCCCUAUCUUUGUUCCAGUACUUGGGCAAGCUGGAGGAACUGGACCUAAGCGAGAAUAACCUCUCGGCUAGUUACCUCCCCUUUGUUCCAUUGUUGAAUAAAAUCAGCAGUAACAUUCGCAUUUUGGAGCUCCAGGACUGCUCCAUUACAGACGAAAUCAUGAAUCUCCUGGGCUUCCAUUUGACCAACCUUUCCAAGGUUCUCUACCUUAACUUAUCAGGCAAUGUUUGGAAGUCUGAGACCUGCUACACCCUUGCGAAGCAUCUCAGCAUUGUUCAUUCCCUUAGUGUCUUUCGUAUUUCUUAUUCUCAAGACUGUUAUUUCCACAUGGAGGAAGAUUACUCUAUCGUAUCGGAAGCCAAAACACUUUUCCAGUUGUCUUUAAGCUCGGCCUUAGGCAUCAAUGCUUCACCAACAGACUCUGAACAAAAACUUGUCAAAAAAUGUACACUUGUGUUUGAAGAAUUGGAAGAGAGAUAGAAAUAAAUAAUUUGACUUAGCCGCUGGUGGAAUUUCAGAAGUGAAAAAAAAAAAAAAGACAUCAAUAUUGUGUUCUGAGUAAUCUCCCCUUAGCUAUAGCUGUGGGAAAAAAACUAAUUUUUUGUAUAUAUAGAGAAUAUAUAUUGAAUUGUAAUUACAAUUACAUUUAUUAAUAUCUAAAUGGCUAGGUUCAAUUAGUAAUCUCUAAAUGGCUAGGUUUAUUUAGUGAUCUCUAAAUGGAUAGGUUUAUUUAGUGAUCUCUAAAUGGCUUGGUUUAUUUAGUGAUCUCUAAAUGGAUUGGUUUAUUUAGUGAUCUCUAAGUGGCUUGGUUUAUUUAGUGAUCUCUAAAUGGCUUGGUUUAUUCAGUGAUCUCUAAAUGGCUAGGUUUAUUUAGUGAUCUCUAAAUGGCUAGUUUUAUUUAGUGAUCUCUAAAUGGCUAGGUUUAUUUAGUGAUAUCUAAAUGGCUAGGUUCAAUUAGUGAUAUGGCGAGGUUUAUUUAUUAGCUAUACUUUUUUGGUUCAUCAUGGAGAAACCAUUUUGAGAAGACAUAUUCUCAACCGUCAGUGAAAAUGUUUAAUUUUUGCUGCAUUGUUAUGACUACCAGGGGAUAUUAUUAUAUAUGCCUCCUUGGGCUGGUUGACAGAUUGCCAAACUUGUUACUGUUUCGGCUUGUGGAGCUGAGUACAACUAAACUUUUAAAAAGUUUAUGAAGUCUCUCCACCUUUUAAAUAUUUGCACAAUAUACUUUCCAAGUCUUAUAUUAUAUAAUAACAUUCGAUUAUUCAUUUGUGAUAUUGAUGGUUAUGUUUACAAUGUAUACUGUCUAAGAUGAUGUACAUAAAAUAAUGUAUAGAGAUUUUUAUCGAAUAUUUAAAUUGUAUAUCUUGACUUGUCAUUUUGGUAGUAAAUUUCAAAUAAAUUUUAAUUUUGAAAUCCAUAAAUUUAUUUUUAUGUAUAAAUAAUUAAUGAUAAAUUUAAAUAGCUUCUAAAGAUAAGGACUAAAAAACACUUUAGAAUGAUGCAAUAAUUUGAAUGGAUGUUUGAAUAGCUUUUAAGAUUUGAAGAGAGAGAAAAAAUAACAGAUUUGUGAGAAAUUGGGUUCUAGUAAAUAAAAAGCUUCAUAGUAUUUUUCUAAAUAAACAACUGUAUUAAACCUAGUUGUAGUUUUGUAUUAAACACAAAUUUUGUUUUAUAUCCAAGUACUCAAGUUGUGGAAUGGCUUUUAAAAGUGUUAUUUUUUUCCAUUUUGUAAAAUUUUAUAUUUUAAAUCUAUAGUAAUAUACAUUAUUUUAAUGUCAAAACAUUGAAGUUAUAGCAAAAGGAAGAUGUUUAUAAAAAAAAAUUAUUUUCAGGGUUACACUUUUAAAAAUUUAUGUUUUUGGCACAAUAUUUAAUAACUUUAAGUAAAGAUUUAAUAUUCUAGAUAUUUAGAUUUAAUCUAGUUGCAAAGAAAAAUUAACAAUUCUAUGGACAUAUAUUAAUUUUCAAUUGAAGGGCUAGGAUGAAGUCUGAGAUAUUAAGUAUAUAUCUAGAUACACUUAACAUAAACACAGCAUACAAGUUAAACUAACUUGCCUGCAUAGAAAUAUUCACUCCAUUACAAAUUAGGCUAUACAACGCUGUGUCAAAAUUUAAUGGCACCUAAAUUUGAUCUUUCUUGGUUAUUACCAUCUAUUUAAUGUCGUCUAAAUUUGAUAAUGAUUGGGUUAUGACCACUGAGUCCACUAAAUGACUGGUUUCGACAAACCGUGUUGGAUUAUGUUAACUACAUAGAGCUAAGGAUUCUUGUUUUUUAAAGAUACUGCAGUUUUGUUUCUUUAAUUACAGGUGUUGUUUUUGCUAGUAAUUUGUGUUACAAAAAUCAUGUUGGAAUAAUUAGUAUAGAUUAUAUGUACUUGAAACUCAGUAAUUAAUUACUUCGUACUUAGUACUUGAGUUAAUAUGUAAGACAGUUUUGUAUUUUAAUACUUGGUAUUUUAUACUGGGUAUUUGGUAAAUAAAAAAAAUAGAAACACUCCAUACAUUUUAUUAUACAGUUGGCUGCCAUAUUUAUGUAGUUGCUAGAUUUUGUUUUCAAAUUUUAUUAGUAAGACUCACAAUAUAUAAAAAUAGUGGAAUGAGACUUACUUUAAUAAUUACAAUUUUGUCAUAGGUCAGCUACUGGAAACAGUACAAUUGCUUCAUUAAUGUACAUUUUUAGCUCUAUGUUGAGACCAGGGUGAAACUAAAAUGUCUUUGUAAAAUAAUUGUUAAUAAAUAAUACCCAGUUCACACUAAUAGAUAA